AAGCACCCUGUGUAGGUCUGAAUUUGUUUUGUUUUCAAAAAUUAAACAAAUGAUCCUUCAGCAUCAUCGCUCCUCUGCUCUAUCAGCUGCUGCUGGUUCUUACUACGAUCUGACCGCUGAGUGUCUGCAUUUCCUUGUCUAUUCCAGCUGAGACUCUGGAUAUCCAUGGUGUUCCGGCAAUAGUUUGCAGGUCACCGGCGUAAUGGAGCUGGAGAACUCUGAGCCGGCUGUGAUUCUCAGGGAGGACAAUCUCCGCAGGCGCCGGAGGAUGAAGCCACGCAGCGCGGCCGCCAGCCUGUCUCCCACAGAGCUACUGCCCAUAGAGUUCGUGCUGCCCACCAGCCAGCGUCACAGCAAGGAGCCCGAGACUGUGCUGCUGCACGUGGCGGGCCACGGCAACGUGGAGCAGAUGAAAGCCCAGGCGUGGCUGCGCGCCCUGGAGACCAGCACGGCCUCAGACUUCUAUCACCGCCUGGGCCCGGACCAUUUCCUCCUGCUGUAUCAGAAGAAGGGACAGUGGUAUGAGAUCUACGACAAGUACCAGGUAGUGCAGACCUUAGACUGCCUGCGCUACUGGAAGGCGCUGCACCAGAGCCCUGGACAGAUACACCUGGUGCAGCGGCACGCGCCCUCCGAGGAGACCCUGACCUUCCAGCGGCAGCUCACGGCACUCAUGGGCUACGAUGUCACGGACGUCAGCAACGUGCACGACGACGAGCUGGAAUUUACGCGCCGCCGCCUGGUCACGCCGCGCCUGGCCGAGGUGGCCUGUCGCGACGCCCGGCUCUAUGCUAUGCACCCCUGGGUGACAUCCAAGCCCCUCCCAGAAUACCUGUCCAAGAAGAUCGCCAACAACCACAUCUUCAUUGUCCUGCACCGCAGCACGACCAGCCAGACCAUCAAGGUCUCAGCCGAUGACACCCCCGCCACCAUCCUCCAGAGCUUCUUCACCAAGAUGGCCAAGAAGAAGUCGCUGAUGGACAUCCCUGAGAGCCAGGGGGAGCAGGACUUUGUGUUGCGCGUCUGCGGCCGCGAUGAGUACUUGGUGGGGGACACGCCUAUCAAAAACUUCCAGUGGGUGCGGCACUGCCUCAAGAAUGGAGAGGAGAUCCAUCUGGUGCUUGACACACCUCCAGACCCAGCUUUGGACGCGGUGAGGAAAGAGGAAUGGCCCCUAGUGGAUGACUGCACAGGGGUCACCGGCUACCAUGAGCAGCUGACCAUCCACGGUAAGGACCACGAGAGCGUCUUCACUGUGUCUCUGUGGGACUGUGACCGCAAGUUCAGGGUCAAGGUCAGAGGCAUAGACAUCCCGGUUCUACCCCGCAACGCGGACCUCACAGUCUUUGUGGAAGCCAACAUCCAGCAUGGGCAGCAGGUCCUCUGCCAACGACGGACCAGCCCCAAACCCUUCACGGAGGAGGUACUCUGGAACGUGUGGCUUGAGUUCAGCAUCAAAAUCAAAGACUUGCCCAGGGGUGCUCUGCUGAACCUCCAGAUCUACUGCGGCAAAACUCCAGGGUUGUCAGAGUCCAGGGGCAAAGCUCAGCUGCUCUACUACGUGAACCUGCUGCUGAUAGAUCACCGCUUCCUCCUGCGCCACGGGGAGUACGUGCUGCACAUGUGGCAGAUACCCGGGAAGGGGGAAGACCAAGGGAGCGUCAACGCCGACAAGCUCACCUCUGCGACCAACCCAGACAAGGAGAACUCCAUGUCCAUCUCCAUCCUUCUGGACAAUUACUGUCACCCAAUAGCACUGCCGAAGCAUCGGCCCACCCCCGACCCUGAAGGAGACAGAGUUCGAGCUGAAAUGCCCAACCAGCUUCGCAAGCAGCUGGAAGCGAUCAUAGCUACAGAUCCACUCAACCCCCUCACAGCAGAGGACAAAGAACUGCUCUGGCACUUUAGAUAUGAAAGCCUGAAGCACCCAAAAGCCUAUCCUAAGCUGUUCAGCUCAGUGAAAUGGGGAGAGCAAGAAACGGUGGCCAAAACAUAUCAACUGUUAUCCAGAAGGGAGAUCUGGGAUCAGAGCGCUUUGGACGUGGGGUUAACGAUGCAGCUUCUGGACUGCAACUUUUCAGAUGAAAACGUCAGGGCUAUUGCAGUUCAGAAGCUAGAGAGCCUGGAGGAUGAUGAUGUUUUGCAUUACCUCCUGCAGCUGGUGCAGGCUGUGAAAUUUGAACCAUACCAUGACAGUGCCCUGGCCAGGUUUCUGCUGAAGCGUGGCUUGAGAAACAAAAGAAUUGGUCACUUCCUGUUUUGGUUCUUGAGAAGUGAGAUCGCCCAGUCCAGACACUAUCAACAGAGGUUCGCAGUCAUCCUAGAAGCCUAUCUAAGGGGCUGUGGUGCCGCCAUGCUCCAGGACUUGGCCCAGCAGGUCCACGUCAUUGAGAUGCUGCAGAAGGUUACCAUUGACAUCAAGUCCCUCUCUGCUGAAAAGUAUGACGUCAGUGCCCAGGUUAUUUCACAACUGAAGCAAAAGCUUGAAAACCUGCAGAAUUCUAAUCUCCCAAAGAGUUUUAGAGUUCCAUAUGAUCCUGGACUGAAAGCAGGAACGUUGGUGAUUGAAAAAUGUAAAGUGAUGGCCUCCAAGAAAAAGCCCCUGUGGCUGGAGUUCAAAUGUGCUGACCUCACUGCUCUGUCCAAUGAAACAAUUGGAAUUAUCUUUAAACACGGUGAUGAUCUGCGCCAAGACAUGCUUAUUUUGCAGAUUCUACGAAUCAUGGAGUCCAUUUGGGAGACUGAAUCUUUGGACUUGUGCCUCCUGCCAUAUGGUUGCAUUUCAACUGGGGACAAAAUAGGAAUGAUAGAGAUUGUGAAAGAUGCCACCACCAUUGCCAAAAUCCAGCAAAGUACAGUGGGCAACACCGGUGCAUUCAAAGAUGAAGUCCUGAAUCACUGGCUCAAAGAAAAAUGCCCUAUUGAAGAAAAGUUUCAGGCAGCAGUGGAGAGAUUUGUUUAUUCCUGUGCAGGCUACUGCGUGGCAACCUUUGUUCUUGGAAUAGGAGACAGGCACAAUGACAAUAUUAUGAUCUCAGAGACAGGAAACCUAUUCCAUAUUGACUUUGGACACAUUCUUGGGAAUUACAAAAGUUUCCUGGGCAUUAAUAAAGAAAGAGUGCCAUUUGUGCUGACCCCAGACUUCUUGUUCGUGAUGGGAACUUCUGGGAAGAAGACAAGUCCACACUUCCAGAAAUUUCAGGAUGUCUGUGUGAAAGCUUAUCUAGCCCUUCGCCAUCACACAAACCUCCUGAUCAUCCUGUUCUCCAUGAUGCUGAUGACUGGAAUGCCCCAGUUAACAAGUAAAGAAGAUAUCGAAUAUAUCCGGGAUGCCCUGACAGUUGGGAAAAGUGAGGAGGAUGCUAAAAAGUAUUUUCUGGAUCAGAUUGAAGUCUGUAGAGACAAAGGAUGGACUGUACAAUUUAAUUGGUUCCUACAUCUUGUUCUUGGCAUCAAACAAGGAGAGAAACACUCAGCCUAAUACUUUGGACUAGAAUGAAAACACUGUUCUACAGCUUUUCAAUCAGCAUGCCAGGCACCAACCAAAAUUGGAAUUAAAAUGCAACAGGGAAAAGUGGAAGCUGGCACUUAGGAAAUAUAGCUCUUUCCCUAGAUGAACUCUUCAGUGGAAAAAAAAAAAAAGUUGGCAUUGCUGGUUGUUUGGGGAAUAUCAAGCCUGCGUCUACUUGCAGGUCUGUUUCUUAUCAUUUACUUCAGUGAUAUUGGAGACUAUUCUAAGUUUAAACACACUGAUAACUUCUUUUAUGUACCUGACACUUUGACCAUCUUAUUAUUGAGUCCUCCAGAUGUUCUGUAGAAUAAUUUACGACACUUAUUUUCAUCUGGGUUCACUUUCAGUUCUCAUUAUCUUUGUUUUCUUUAAGUUUGUCCUAAUUUCUUUUCUCUUGUUGCUGAGA